UAUAUUGUAGCGCUGAGAAAGUCACAAAAGCAUGCAGGGAAAAUUCUCUGUUCUCUGUGUGUUUCUCAGUCCGUUUCUUCCCUAUUACCUAUUAAUACCUCUCUGUCUCUCUCUCUCACAUCCAAUUCACACACACAUCUUCUAUCACUGACGUCCCCCGAUCACAAUCACCAAAACCGUUGACGGCGGCGACACCACCUCCGUAGAGAGAUGAUUUGAAGGAAAAAAGACUGGUCGUGAAGAUGGGAGCGUCGCUUUCGAACUUGACCGAAUCGAACGGUUCGGCCAACGGCCGAGGCCGUGGGCUCGGGGACAUACCUGAGAGUUGCGUUGCCUGCGUUUUUCUCUACCUUACUCCGCCGGAGAUUUGCAAUCUCGCUCGUCUUAACCGCGCUUUUCGCGGUGCCGCCUCCUCCGAUUCCGUCUGGGAAUCGAAGCUUCCCCACAACUAUCAAGAUCUGCUCGACUUAAUGCCUCCCGAGAGGUACCUCAAUCUAUCCAAGAAGGACAUCUUUGCUCUCCUCUCGAGACCCGUGCCCUUCGAUGAUGGCAACAAGGAAGUAUGGUUGGAUAGGGUUACAGGAAGUGUUUGCAUGUCAAUCUCAGCGAAGGGGAUGGCGAUAACUGGUAUUGAUGAUCGAAGAUACUGGAAUUGGGUUUCUACUGAAGAAUCUGGGUUCAAUGUCGUGGCCUAUUUGCAGCAAAUAUGGUGGUUUGAAGUAGACGGUGUGGUAAAGUUUCCCUUUCCGGCAGGUAUAUAUACUGUGUCAUUCAGGAUUCACCUCGGAAGAUUUUCAAAAAGACUAGGACGUCGUGUUUGCAAUUUUGAGCACACCCAUGGUUGGUCUGUAAAGCCAGUACGGUUCGAGUUUUCAACUUCGGAUGGUCAGCAAGCAUCAAUCGAGUGCUGUUUAGAUGAUAAUGAACCCGAUGAUAUAAAUGGCAACCACAAGCGUGGGUGUUGGAUCCAGUACAAGGUAGGGGAGUUCAUUGUUACGGAGUCAGAUCCCGCUACCGAAGUGAGAUUUUCAAUGAAACAGAUUGAUUGCACACAUUCCAAAGGUGGGCUUUGUGUAGAUUCUGUAUCUAUUAUCCCCAGUGACUUGAAAGAGCAAAGAAGAAGAGGGGUUUUGAAGUAACAACCAUUUGGGACUUGUUUAGUAAUAUUGUCAGUUAUCCCAGAAAGUUUUAGUUGGGAUUUUGUCAUACAGCUUUAUAAUCUUCAAGCACUUGUUAUUUUGUGGAGGAUGUCUAAUUUUUUUUUUUUUUUGGUGGCUGUAAGUAUGUGUCCUCUGUUUUGAUGUAAUUUCUCAGAUCUGUUUUUUUUUCUUUCGACAUCUGGUUUUGUUUUUAUAUUGUACCAUUUGUAGAAGAUCAAGUGAAAAAUGCUUUUGUGAUUAUCACAUGCUGUUUUCCAAAACAGUUUCAGUUCUAA